AUUUUUUUAUUUUUGUGAAGGGAAAAAAAUAUAAAAAAUUAAAAAAAAUCGGUGAAGUUUUUUUUUGGAGAAAGAGAAAAAAAAUUAAGUUUGUGGAAUUAAAAAAAAAAUAGGUGCAUUUACCGAAAGUCUGUUAAAGUGAGCGGCAUAAUCUGAGUGAAAAUAAUCAGAUAUAAAAAAAAUAAAAAAAUAUUAACAAGUGUCUGUUGAGUAAAAUUGAAAAUAAAUGAAUAAAAAUUGUUUUUCAAUCAAUUCCGGUACACACGACAUUAUUAAGUGAUAAAAAUAAAAGCAGAGCUAAAAUAGAAUUUGAAAAAAGUGCGAUUUUUCAACCAAAAAUAAAACGUUGAAAAUUUUUUGCGUUAAUCCGAAUUACAAGCAAAUUACAUGUGCAGUUUACUGACUAACAAUCGAUAUUGUGUAAAAUUAUUCUAUCGAAAGCCUCGAUACACACAUUUUUGUUCGGUGUGGAAUAUUAUACUAAGUUCCCUAUACCAAAAGUGCAGGAUUUGAAAGUCAUCAAAAAUAAAAAUUCAACUUUUUGUUCAAAAAAAUCAAAGAAAAUUUAAGUUUCUUCAAGCAUCAAGAAAUUUAUAUCCAGGAAGGCACAAUUGAGUCGGCAAAAUUCAUCAAGUGUCCAACCAGUAAAGCCGUUAAACUGAAGCAGGAAAAGCCAUUAAAAUUUCACGUGAUUGCUCGUGAAUCGCUAGCAGCAAAUAUGGAGAAUUACUGGGAACAGGCUAAUGGACACGCUCAGCCACCGCAUCCGGUGAAAUUUGAAAGCGAGACAGCGUCUGCAUUUCCUUAUUGCACAGAACCAGGCUUGAAUUUUUCAGCUACAAAUUACAGUGAAGAUGAUGCAGACUUUGCAGCCGGUCGACGCGGAAAAGCUUCGAGACAAGAUCCAUUGAGUCAUAGGAUUAUUGAGAAACGUAGACGUGAUAGAAUGAAUGCAUGUUUAGCUGACUUGUCACGCCUCAUUCCAUCCCAAUAUAUGAGAAAAGGACGUGGACGUGUGGAAAAGACAGAAAUAAUUGAAAUGGCUAUAAGACAUUUAAAAAAUUUACAGACACAAGAAGUGUUACGUGAGGCAACAUAUGCAGAACAUUACCGAUCCGGUUAUAAUGAUUGUGUCUCGGAAGCAGCAAAAUUCUUAUUGCGUGAACGCGACGAAGAGCUUUAUUACAAGAUGAUAACACAUUUGAGAGAUCAUAUGACAGAGGCGAUGAAAGGUGAAUAUUUCAAAACACGAUGCAAUGGCGAAUUGAUUGGAGCUGGCAAUAGUCCUACGUCAUCUGCAUAUCAUCAUCCAAAUCCGCCACUAUCACAAUUACGUGAAAUGCUAACAACAUCAGUUUCCGAUGUUGAGCAUAAUAGUGAUGAUCAUCAUGAUGUAAAAGAUUUAAGUUUCCGUACUGGUGGUGCACAACAAGCACCUAUUGUUGGAUCAAGCACGAAUGUGACGAUUAAUGGAAAUAACAAUAACAAUAAUAUGCAUCACAUGGAUACUAGUGAUUAUGAUAGCACACGUUCACCAACGACAAGCACUGGAACAACAUCGACGACAUCAACACGUAUGACAACGGCAAAUAUUAAUCAUCAUUUGAAUAAUUUGUCACCGCCACAUGCACAUGACAGUGUCUUACAAUCGACACGCAUGCGAAAAUUAUCAGAAACUUCGACAGACGUUGAACAUUGCAACAAUAAUUAUAAAUUUAAAAAUUACAUUCAACAACGUUUUACACACGAGACUUAUCAUAGCGAAGAGUCAAUGCAAUCCAACCAAUGUGCCACGGAACAUGAUAAGGAACACAAUCAUUUACAUCAUAUUCAUGAGAAAAAGUCAUCAUUAUCGCCCGUCAAUGAGUCAUCAACAAAAUUAAAUGGCGUUCAUCAUGAUAUAAAAAAUGAAGUUUUGGCAUCAAACUCACCAUCACCAGCCCAUCAACCUCCAACAGCACACGUGAAUACAACACGCAAUGGCAAAUUACCAAACGGUACGAUAAAUGGAAGCUUAAAUAGCAACAAUCAAAUUGUACCACAUCACUCCAUUCCAAUUCCUGUAUUUGCAUGUCAUACGCAAGGAUUUUAUGUGCCAUUAAAUGUCGAUUAUGAUUUGUUAAUUCCAUUUUUGGGCGGUAUGGAUUUAUUGAGUAAAAACUUUACACACUUACCACCAUUACAUCCAAUAAGUAUAAAUGUUAAUUAUACGCCAGCUCUUAUCAAAAAUGCCAUAGCAUCUGCUAAUUUUAUUAAGCCUAAAGUUGAGAACGGCAUCAUCAAUGGAUGGUAAUUUAGAACCUUAAAGAAUUCAUGUUAAUCCUCAUAAAAAUAAAAAGUUUAAGAGAUGAAUUAUCUUGACGACUGACUCAGGCCUGCAUGUUCUUGUAGAAAAUGUAACAGAUCUCGGAAUAAGUUGCUCUAAUUUUGUAGGUUUCUUUUAGUCACAAUGAAUGAGUCAGCGUCAAGCGACAUUUCAAUCUUCAAAAAAAAAAUAAACUUUAAAUUGAAUGAAAAAUGAUUUUUUUAUAUGAUUAUUGUUGCCAAAUUUAUAAACUGAAUAAAAAAAUACAUAAAUUAAUUAAAGAUGAAAACAAAAAUUAAACUAAUUGAAAUUUAGGAAAGCUCAGCAUAAAAAAUUUUUAUUAUACACAUUGAAAAUCGAGAGCUAUAAAACCAACUUAUAAAAAAAUUAUAUUUAAAAAAAAUGCAUUAAAGUCAUUGAAGAAAAAUACUUUUUUUUCAUGAAAAGUUUUUAAUUUUAAUUUUAGUUGACUUUUUCAUUUUCUUUUCAAAAAUCUUUGCUCACCACAAGAACGUCAUGAAAUUUCAUACAAUUGUCUACAAAAAUCACAAAAGUUAGGAAGCACUAGACUCUGUUGUAUUUUAUAGUGACAUGCUUAUGCUAAGUGUGUACACUAUAAGCUAGUCUAGUGACUGUUAAGUAGAAGAAUAAUAAUUGAUUUUAAUUUUUAUCAAACGCACAUUUGAAGAAUUUUUAAAGCGUUUUUUAAUUUUUUGUCCAAAUUUUUAAAUUCAAUUGAAUUGAUGGGCUGGUUUGUGGCAUAGCAAGUGUUGGGGUCGUAAGCAUCUCAUUUAGAGAGUGUGAUAAAUAUCACAAAUGACAUCAAAGCUCAAAAAAUCGGUUGCUAUUCCACUUAAAUAAGUUUUCUUGACAUUGAAGUAAAAAUUUCUGUAAAUACUCUAAAAUUAAUGGCUUAAUUUAUAUCGAAUAAUCAUAAACAAAAUCAUAAGAGAUUUUAUAAGAUAGGAAUAUCAACUUAGAAUUAACAUCAAUGUGUGUACGCUAUUAAUGGGUACGGAGGAUUGAACUUGCUAUUUUUGAUCAUAGGGAUUGAUCCUUAAUGAACCCUUCAUCCCGAAAUAAGAUUUUAUCAAGAUUUUAUUCUCAUUGAUUCUGAAGACAAUUUUAAAUCUUUUGAUUAAAGUCAUCGGACUUUUACUUUUGAGUAAAAAAUAUACUCAAAUAGUAAAAUCGUCAGGAAAAUUGCUUAGAGCUGCCCAGAUUGGUUAUAUCCAAGGAAUUCUUUUAAAAUUCAUUUGACUAAAGUUCAUCAUUAAGUUGAUUCUAGUUAAAGUCACUAUAGUCAACUAAAUCUAUAGCUAGUGAAGACUAAAGCGAGCUUUUAAGUUCCCUUAAUCAACAAAGAACUGGAUUUGUAGUUAAUAAUGCAAAAAAUUUUAAGCUCAGAACUAGAUUUUUGUAUUUGAUGACUUUCAAAUUUCUAAAAGAACAAAAAAAAUUAUAAAUCAUUGAAGGAUGUUAAGAACGCAUUUAAAUUUUGACGACACUACAAAUACUCUCAAAAAUUAAAAGUU